CUCAUUAAUCAAGUAAGCUGUAUCGGAAGAUGUUACAAGCCAAUAUAUUUAUAAGAACUCAGAGGACGGCGACACAUCAUAAAAGCAACUCGCUUGAUCAAAUUUUUCAUUGAAGGCGGAGAACUGCUGCCGUCAGAAUUAGUUGGUGGAAACGUAAAAAACGCCGCCCAUCUAAACUGCCAUUUACGCCUCAGAAGAUACACAGGUAAGCAUUUGUCGGUGACAAUUCCGUUGAAAUCAAAUCAUUUAUAGUUGAUAUGAAUCGCGUGGGUGCAGUUGUUUGUUAAACUUUGACAAAUGAAUUGAAAAAUCGUUUCUGCAGAAGUAUUGUUUGUAUCAGCGCAGAUUCACCCAUGGCAAGAGCGGUGCGAAUCUCAAAUCUGCGCACUUUACUCAAAGUAAAGCAAACUUUUCAAGGUUAUUUUCUUGAAAAAGGAAAUAAGUUUAACAAAAAAAUAUUUAUCAAAGCUUUUGUGUCAACGUUUGAAUGGUUCGCCUCAAGAAGUUAACCGCGCUUCAAGGGGUUCUUUCCUGGCUCUUAAAGUCCUUUUAAGAAGUUUGUAAACAGCUGUAUAAUUUUGAGUACGUUACUCUUCUGGUAUUUAAACUUUUCAGUAGUUAUUGUAGAAGGAUUUUACUUUCAAUGGAUUGGUUUAAAAUUGGAAAGAUCAUUUCGGCUGGAACAAUAUCAGAAAAUGGAAAGUAGGUAAAACCUCUUCGGAAUUUAUCGGGCUUCGCUAUUAAUGCAAACUGCACGAGUUAACGAAAUAAAUCAGUAGUAGGCUUAUUUUACUUCUGACUACAUAGCUCUAUGUUCAAAUGACCACACAGAAGCGAAUGAAACCGGAUGACUGAUGUUUCAAAGAGCAUAAAUCUAAUGCGGACUGUUCCUAUAGCUUUGAAGCUUUCCCUUUGGAAUACUCCAAAGAAUUCCAAUCGUGUAGAAAUAUGGAAUCCUCAAUAAAAUUCCUGUAAGCGGUCAUUCCACUUCAAAUAUAAAGAAAGUGAUUCUAUCGAUAUUGGUCGACAAAGUUUUCAGUCGAAAAGGCUUAUUCUGAAACAUUUGGAAAGUUUGCCUCGCCGUAAAGUUACAGUGCGCAUUGAACGAAUUGAGUUGCAAAGAAAUAAAUGUAAGAUAAGACAAAACUAUCCAGUAAUUUAUUAGAGUUCUGGCGAAGUGCCAACUCACUCCUUAAUCCUUCCUAUUUACCUCUACAAUUGUUGUAAACCACUUCACAAUUGCUGUUGAGCAAUAUUGAGACACCAAGUUCAUCCAAUAUUUCAAUACGCACGCAAGUUGGGGCAAAAUUUAUCUAGGGUACGUAUAUACACAAAUACAUCUUUUGAAAGCGUCACAUGACUAGUUUCUCCCGGAGCCUAUCAGUUUUAUCAGUUUCAACAGUUUUCAGGAAGUCAAUAUUCUGCCCUAUCAAAAUUGUCACAUCUAACUAAAUUUCGUAUGGCGCUAAGCUGUAUUUGUUUGUUUACUGGAUCAUUAAGCUUAUUAUCAAACAAAAAAUGACAUCACGGGAUAUUCGCUUAUGUAGCCCUUUAGCGGUGUCAAGAAGGCAAAAGUCAAAGUGAACCGACAAUGUGGCGGUCUUUUUGGUCGCCGAGAAUGCAGAGAGUCUGGGGACGAGCUCUAUAGUUACCAUGGCUAAUUACUUCACACUGGUUUCUCCUUAUAUUUGUUAAUGCCUGUAAAACUAUUCUGUUUAGCAUAGAAAGAAUAAAAAAGACAAGUAAAGAAAGAGGAGUUGACAAUAGUGACGUCAGCGUUUACAAAAUUUAAGUUUAGACUCGAACCAGACCUUCCACGUCAAAGUGGCGUCACAUAUUAGAUCUUCUGCACGAUGGCGUCAUAUACUGAAAACUCACCCUCCUCUCUCCCCCAGCUUCGUUCGUAUUUCAAUCUUAAUGAAUCUUGGCUGCUUUCUUGUUGUAAACGUGUGACGACUUUUUUAAUUUUUGGUGUCUUGGGAUUACUCCCUAAUAAAAGUUCAUCCGUCUGCACCUUGGGGGUGAAACUGUAUUCUGACGUAAACAUGCAGAAGGCCUAUUGAGAUGUGGGAACAAGAUGAACUUAUGACACUUGGGAUUAUCUUUUUAAAUGGGGUCAGCGUUGUCAAGUGAACGCCCUCAGGCUUAUGGCUUUAUCAAUUCUCUUUAACCUUCUGCUGGACAUUGUAUUGGUUCUGUAGGGAGAAGUUACGCUAGUCAUCACUGGAGUGAAAGCAUUAAUAAUUUCUCUCUUACUUCCAGAUUUAAUCAGCGAUGUCUGUAAAGUGGUUUGUUCUCACUUUCAUGCUAGCGCUCUUUUGCUCGAAAACCAAUCACGCCGGAGCAAAAAGCGGUCGAAAGCUGAAGAAAGUUGCUCGAAAAAAAUCUCUUGAAACUCUCCAACAUGCCUCCAAUCUAAAGACAAGCUGGUGCAUGGCUACAGAUAUCGAACAAUCUAUUCAAGAGGAGGGCUGCGAAACUAAAGUCAUUCAGAACAAAGCAUGUGUCGGCCAGUGUUUUUCAUACUACUCACCUGGAACUUUCCCUAUGAGGUCUGCAAGAAGAAGGACAAAGUACUGCUAUUUCUGCAAACCUUCUUUAAAAAGCUGGACCAAAGUGAGUCUGGAAUGUCCUGGAAAGGAGCACAAUCAAGUGGACAAGCUGGUGGAAGUGAUAUACGCAUGCUCGUGCAGGAAAUGCUCGAAAGGCCCAAAAAGUUCAGAAAACUCAUCAAGAUGAGAUUUAGCAAGAUUUUGAUUAAUCUGAUAAGUAUAAGUGAGAAAUUUGAUAGUUUAAAGUUUCGGUGACAGGUCGCUUUCUAGAAAUUUUCAAAGGCAGGAAAUCGCGGAAAAGGAGAGAGUGAGUGUGAUUUUAUGAAAGGUUUUUUUUGACGGGGAGAGGGGUGGGGAGGCGAAAAUUGGGAGAUUGGACAGGAUAAGACCGAUCACCAGAACCUAUUUUACCAUUUGUUUAUGCAAUAUCAAUGGUCGUGGAUGAACAAUUCUAUAUAAACCACUAAUUUAUAAUGGUAAUAGGACCGAGUGGACUCCAGUUCGAUCUGUAAUCAUACGAUCAUACGAUUAAUGAGUAAACUUGGACAACCGCGCAGCGGGAGUCCAAUUUGUCAGACGAGUAUGAUUACAAACAGAAUUGGACGACAAAAAGUCCUGUUACCAAGUUAUCAUAACCGUUACAAUUUCCGAAAACAACACAUACAUUUAGGUCAAAUAUCUCUGGUAGAGACGAUGUCUAAAAUGAAAAAAGUUUCUCCAUUUUGGAAAUUACUCUGUUUUCUUUUUUUAGGAUGAGUAGUUGUUGCUAUAGUUAUUGUGAUAAUUUUUGCGAUUGGUAAAUUUUGGCUGGGUGGACUUGGUAGUAUGAUUGGCUACUUCAACUGUCCUAUUACAGCCAACUGUCCGAUUACAACUCUACAGAAUGAUAAGUGAAUAAUAAAGCAGCUAAUGCAUCAAUCACAUUUGAGGAAAUUGCAAUGGUUAUGAUUAAAGCUACAAUAUUAAUACCGACAUGCAAAGUAAUGCUAGGUCAAAUUGUUAAUAUAACCAGCACUAAGUGGAUAAACAAACACAUGAAUGAACAAAUAAACAACAGUUAUCGA